AUGAAUACAGAAUUUCCUAAAAAUCUAACCAUCCCAGAAGAUCUCAAGGUUCCGGCUGGAAAUGUAUUCAAAUUCGUACUAUACGGAAUCGGAGUAAUGGACUAUAAAUAUAGUGAAAGUGAAUCUGCUUGGGGCCUUUGUAAAAGCGAAUUCAUUCUUGCUAAUUAUCCUAAAGAUCUUUACUUUAAUUCUAGCUCAAUCGUGGCUAUGGCAUCAGGUGCCGCAGCAGAUCAAUUUGGCAACGUUCUUGAAGGUGUUACUAAAUCUCUUAUUCCAGGCGAUAAUUCACUCUGUGAUGGUAAAUCUAUUGCUAUCCGUUAUUAUCCUGACUCAAAGUCUUAUCAUGGGGGGUUAGGUAAAUCUACGGUACAUCAAGGAUCAGCAUUUUCUGAUAUUACUUAUAUUCAUGUUUUCGUAGAUUCAGAACAUCCUCUUCCGGUGGAUUCUCUUUUCGAUGGAUACAUUUAUAGUACUCCCGUCAGCAAUCUUUCUAUAUUAUUCUAUAAGGCUGCAUAA